GCAUCUUUCGUUAAGUGAGAUUGUCUUGGCAGUAUUUUGACUGCAACAAGUUUGUUUUGUCCUCAGCCACGCGCAUAAAUCAGAAGGCGGGAGACAAUGAAAUCGACUGUAAUUUUUGUUGUGUUGACGAUACUUGGCUCCCUGUGUCAAGGAAAGCCUGUUGACAAAAAGAAGGCUGCAAAAUUAAAGGAUAAGCCACACAAAGACAGCGUUUGUUUCGACAAGGAUGUGAGAUUCUGCAAAAAAUGGGCGCCCCUGGGUUACUGCGCGAAAAGCCAUUCAGUCAUGUCAGGGAAAUGCAAGUUGGCUUGCAAAAUGUGUUCACCAGGGGAAAUGCUAAUGGAUGACGACAGCAGAUGCAGCAACUGGAAGAGGUCUGAUUUUUGCGCCAAAGCAAAUCAUCAGCCUUAUAUGUUUAAACACUGCAAAUUUAGCUGCAAAGGGUUUGUGGCUUUACCAUCCGUCCCCAAGAAAAAACUUGGCGACAACUUUGGAAUGGGGGGACAAUACGGGCAACAGCCGAUGGCCGGAAGGUUUGGUCAACAGCCAUAUGGUAGGCCCCCAUACGGUGCACAACCAAGCAUGCAACAACCAUAUGGUCAAUAUGGACAGCAGUCUUACGCUCAAAGUCCCUAUGGACAACAGCCUUACGCUCAACAACCUUAUGGGCAGCAACCUUACGCUCAACAGCCUUACGGGCAGCAAUCUUACGGACAACAACCACAAUAUGGACAACCAUCAUUUGGUCAGCAGCCAUCAUAUGGCCAACAAGGAAUGAUGCAACAACCUUGUGGUCAACCUCAAAUGCCUACGGAUCCUUGUGCUCCUCCUUGUCCACCUCAACCACCUUGCGGCCAGCCACCGUGCCCACAACCACAACCUCCAUGUGGAGGUCCACAGGCACCUCUGCCCCCACAACCACCAGCUCUUCCACCACCACCACCACCACCAACGGAAGAAAAAGAGGGAAAAGAAGAGGAAAAAGAAGAAGAGGGAGGGAAAGAAACAAAGGAAGAGAAAGAAGGAUCAAUGAAGCGACCACCACCCGUUGACGCCCACCGACCUCCACCUAGGCAGCCAUACCGACCUUAUCAGCCUUAUGGAGCUCAAUCUCCUUACGGCCGCCCACCAUAUGGACAGCAACCGCCCUAUGGACAGCAAACACCUUAUGGACAGCGACCACCCUAUGGACAGUCACCAUAUGGACAGCCAGGCUACCAACAACCAUACAAUCCGUACGGACAACCAGAUCCCUAUGCCCAACAGCCGUAUCAACCAUCUCCUUACCAGCAAUCUCCUUACCAGCAACAACAAUAUUAUGGACAAAAUAGGCAACCUCAAGCACCAGUUCAGCCCGCACAAUCUGCACCUGCCCCUAGACCUGCUCCAGAAGCUCCUGCUGCUCAGCCCGUUGCACCUGCUAUUCAGCCUGCUCAGCCUGCCGCUCCUGCUGCUCAGCCUGCCGCUCCUGUUGCUCAGCCUGUCGCCCCUGUUGCUCAGCCCGCCGCUCCCGCCGGUCCGGUAGGAGCUGCUGGCCCUGCGGCACCUGAACCACAAUCUGAUUUCGCACAGGGAGGUCAAACGUACGUCAUCCAACAUCCUUGGCCAGGAACAGAGGGUCCACUCACUAUCAAGAAGGAAGGAGUAGAGCAAAAGAAAAUGGAACCGAAAAAAGAUCUCAAGUUCUCCGCUGAUGAAGUGGUAGUGGCAUAGAUUGUUAGACUUUUAAAGAUCUUAUUACGACUUCCCAACGAAUAACUCUGCUAGGAGUUGCUUAUCGUUUAUGACACUGUGCGAAAAAGUGUUACGACUUCUCUUUGCAUCUGAUGAAGAAAGAGCUCCAUUAUGGCAUGCGUAUUAAUUUAUUCCACUCGAACAGACAAGGGCCUAGCUGAUUGAUAUACUGCAUUAGGCCAUAACCCUAUGAGUCAUUUUUUCCCUUAAAUGACAAGACGAAUUGCUUUUUGCUCCAAAGACUACUUUUAUCUUUUGAAAAAAUAAAAACACUGAAAAGACUGAAAAGUUUUUUAUGUUGUGAGGAACUUAGCAUAACAUUAACGAUGUAAACCUCAUGUUGUGGGAAGACGUUGUAGGUAGAACCACCAAAAACAUUGGAAUUCAAUGGUUCAGAUUUAGUAAAAUGCUACGUUUCCACUAGUGCACUGUCUCGCUCAAAAAACUCACCAGACGUAAACUCGCAAAGGAGAUUCUAAGUGUAAAUUGAAAUAAAGUUAAUUCUUCCUUGA